AUGGAGGGCGGGUCCGGUGGCCUUCCGCCCGGAGGAGGUUACUCUGGAGGGUUUCCUGCGUACGGCUCUCCUUUGCCAGGCAUGCCGGAGGCGAUGUACCACGCGCAGCAGCAGGCGGCUUACUGGCAUUCCUUUCCGCCUCUUAUUGGAAAUGCGCAGAGCGGGUUUCCUCCGGUCUCCUACAGUCCCUCCGGCGCCGGGGCGCUUCCGCUUCACUUCGCGUCUGGCGCCGCCGCAUACUCCUCCUACCCUGCAGCAGUGGGGCUGCAAUCAGAGGGCACACAGGCCGCAUCGUUUCAAGCUUCAGCGCAGCAGCCUUCCGCGUACGAGUCCGCUUCUGCGGCAUCACCAUGCCCUCCUGCGCUGGCAUCGGCGGCCGCGGGGGACGUGCCCGCGCGAGGAAGCGCCGCAGCCUCUUCAGAGAAGCUUUCAGAGGCACCUUACACCUCGUCUGUCUCUUCUGGCUCGUCCUCCUCUCCCGGCGCUUCUGUGUCCUCGCCGCCGCGUCAAACGACUCCGUCUUCGCGCCCCGUCUCCUCGUCGACCGCUUCUUCAGUAGUGAAUCAUCCGCCCGUGAGCGCGACAGGGGCGCUUCAGACUGCCUGUGGAGCUGCUGAGUCUUUCUCGCCCGCGGCGGGGGCGCCGUCUGCCAGCUCGCUGCUGCCGGAGAAAGCGUGUUCGUCCUCGUCUUCACCCGCUGCGUCGUCUCUGCUUUCUAACGCCCCGCCAGCGACCGCAGCGUGUUUGCACCGUCCGCAUGCGUCAACGGAGACUGACGUGUCGGCGUCGCCGCGACGUGGGCGCGAGCCCAGCGCGGAUCUUGGAGGGGCUUCACCUGCCGUCUCUGCAUGUGGGCUGAAAGGCCAGGCGGAGCCGGACUCCGCACCGACUGCCGACGCGGGCAAGGAGAAAGCCGCUGGCGGCAGGCGACGCGUGAGAGUUCCGCAGCUGCGCUUCCGCAAGAAGGCUGCGAACAACGCCGCGUACCUGAAGACGUUUUCCAAGGUCUUCGGGAAGCGAGGCGAACCGGUUGUCUGGUGCAAAAGGCGAGGACGUCCCUGGUGGCCGGGGCUCCUCGCCAACCCCGACGACCCCCACCUCGUCCCUCCGCUUCCAGACCGCGUCAAGGCGAAACAAGUCCUCAGUGGAAAAGAAGAACUCCGCCUUCUCUUUCUCUGCUGCGGGACGUGGCGCUACUGGUGGGCAAGCCCGAAGGGCCUUCUCGACUUCCGCGAGAGCUACGCGGAUCUCGCGCCGCGCGUGCGGCGCCUGGGCUUCCUGCCUCGACUGGCGAUCCAGCACGCCCUCGAGGAGUGCGGGUGGCGGGAGAAUGGGGACUGGUGCCCCAGCAGGGUGAUCGUCGCGGCGGCGCAGGCCUCUGAAGAGGCCGACCCAGACAACGCAGAUGAGGAGGAAGGCUGGCUCACUGAGAAUCCCUGCUCUUCGGACUCCGAAGAGGAGGACGACGGCUUCAUGGACGAAGACGGCUGGUGGGAGGGGCGGAAGAUUGACUCCAGCGCGGAAACGAGCACCACGCUUGCCGAGCGUGAGCACCAGACCUCCGUCGACGCGGCCGCCUCAAGUCCCCCUGCUGGCGGCUGCCAGGCCUCAACCCAGUCGGUGGCGAUCUGCCAGGGAGAAGCGGGCCGGAGAAGUUCCUCUGUGCCCCUUUUGCCUGCGGCGCAUGCACUCGCUUCCGGUGGGAGAGGAAAAGCAUCUCCAGAAGCCGAAGUUGGCCUCUCACAAGGCGCUUCUUGCCUGACGCGGGGGCGGGAGGCGGUCGGGAAGCAGGAGGCGCGUCUGGAGACGGGGGCCGAGACCGUGAAGGGGAGUGCAGCGACAACGCCGCAGGAGGGCGGCUCCUCCGCCGUCGCGCCCGCCGACCCUCCCACCCCAUGUCGGUCUGUUCGUUUAGCAGCGACCCGCGGCCUGCACAUGCCACCGGGCCUGCCGCCCGUCGCUGAGGCGGCGGCAGGGCGACCGGAAGGGGCAUCUUCUUCAAGCGCCGCUCGCCCAGGCGGCCGCGCGACCUCGGGGGCGAGCCCAGGAGCCUUUUCGGCCGGCUCCGCGCAUCUUCUGCACCCGCCGUUUGCGCCGGCGGACGAUGAAGCUGAGGCCGGAGACAGCGAGAGAAAGCUGUCAUCGAUGUGCCUGGAGAAUCCUGACCCCGAGGUCGACGCCCCCUCCCAGCUGACAGUGUCUGCCGGCGAACCUGCCAGCCGCCGGGAGGCGCCAGAGGGACUGGCCACGAGGGAUCACGCUUGCGCCGGGCAGGCGCCUUCCCCAGGUGGUGUGCCUGGAGCGCCGGCGAUGCCAGGUAGCGGGGUCGCCGGAACGCCUUUGUUUUCGUCGCCAGCGGCGGCAGACGGGGCUGCUGUAUCUGCUUCGUCCGCACGAAGAGACGGCAAGCGUGAGAAGAGCCCGGUGGCGCAUGCAGCGGGCGGCAUUGCGAGCGCCGAAGGCGAUACCGCGCAGGCUCCAGCGCGUGACAGUCCCCCCUUUCCGGAGGCUGUGGCGCCUGCAGCCGAGGCGGGCGGUCGCGGGGCCCCGGACUCGGGGGCCGCGGUGCAGACGACUGCAAAAGCAGGGACAGUGGACGGUUUCUCCUUGUCUUUCGCGGCUCCCUCAGAAGCCGCCCAGAUGCGACAGGCUUCCCUCGCGCGGGCUGCGGGAGCAGGGCCGGAGUCUUCCUCGUGGCCAGAGACUAUUUGGCAGCGGCUGAGGCAGCAGGCUGAGGCAGCGGCAAAGAAGGAGAGGGCGGCGCCGGCGCCGCCCUCGCUCGAGGCUCCUGCGGGCUCUCCUGCCGUCGUUUCCCCGGCGACAGAGAAGCCGCCCGCACUAUUUCAAGGCGCCCAGGAGGCGACAGCGAGCGGAGCAAUUCCCAGCUAUGGAGCCAUGAUUGACGCCUUUGCGCACGACAAGCUGCUGAACAAGAGAGAGGACCAAGUCCUUCAACCGCCCCACAUCCGAGCUGCGGCCGCUGCGGGGGCGGCCGCCGCGGCCAUGGCGGCAGCCGCUGCCGCCUCAGCCGCCGCCGAGAAGACCCAGCAGCGCGAGGCGGCGCUGAGGCUCCAGCAGGCGGCCCAGGCCCAGGGGGUCACCGAGGCACCUGCGCCGGAGCGGAGCCCGGCGCAGUUGGCCAAGAAGGCGGCUGAGGCUGUUGCCAGUGUGUUGGAGGGACAGACAGAGAAGAAGCUCGGGGGGGCGGAGACACAUGCGAGUGCCGUUGACGAGAAGGAGGCGAGCCGCGCACGGAAGCGAUCAGGCACGACGGCGGCAAGACGAGACAGGCGUCGCGCGAGUGCAGAAGAAGCAGACACUUCUGGGCAGGGGCGCUCGACCUCGUCGGGGCGGCGGCCCAGGGCCAGCAGCAGCAGCGGAGAGCGAGAGCGGAGCCGCCGGCGGCAGGGAGGGGGGGAAACGAGCUCCAGGCGGCGAUCGCGGUCGGCAUCGUCUUCCUCGCGCUCCCGUUCUCCGCGUCGGAAGCGCUCCCGACCCCGGUUGCCAGCCGCGGGCGGCGGCGGCGCGUCGGGCGGGUCGCAUCGCCUGCGGGGCUCCAAGCGUCUCCGGGGGCGGGAUCGGGAGGCGUCCUCGGGUUCGCAGUCGCCUUCCGUGUCGGCGCGGUCGUCCGCGUCCCGCUGGUCAGGCUCUCGCUCCGUGGACUCGUGUCGCGGCCACGCAGGGCGGCAUCGGUCGCCGCAAAGCGGCUCCUCCUUCUCGUCCGACGGUUGGCAGCGCCGGCGCGGCAAGCUCGCGGGCAGGCGCCGUGGUCUCGAUGCCUCGCGGCCGCGCGACAACGCCCACGUGGGGACGAGGAGAGGGCGAGGCAGCUGGGGAAGCCCCGAGGCCUACCGGAGAGGGUUCCUCGACAGACACUGUGGACCCGGAGGGGACCGCACAAGGGGCAGCUCGUCGGAGUCUCCUUCGGGUCGCGACCGCAGGCGGGAGGAAGACAGACGAGAGAGGCGGUCUUCGUGGCGCAAUGACGCAAGAAGACGGCGCCGGUGGACGCCCAGCAACCGAGCGACGGCUCUCCACUCAGCGUCUGCCUCACCAGCGCCAUCCGAGGAUGCAGAGGAACCGAGGCGCUGGCGCGGCAAAGCCAGAGGCGAGGACAGCGGUGACGCCUCCUGCGACUCUGGACGACGCCGAAGAAGGCGCCGCGGAACCAGACGGAGAGGGAGGUCGUCGAGCGGAAGUCGAGACGAAAGGGGCCGGAGGGCUGGGUCUUCGGAGCGUUCGCCGGCCUCUCCCUCGCCGCCGGCGUCUCCAAGGAAAGGGAAAGACGGGGGUGAGGCAGAGCGGAAUGAGGAGGGUAUGCAAACGCCAUGCACAUCUGCAAAUCCCAUGCAAGAAGCCGCACCGCUCGUGAAUGCAACGACGGCCCUAUCUGCGUCUUUAUCAGGGUCUGCUUUCCCUGCGUGUGCUCCACUGACGAUUGCUGAGGGGGCAGCUUGCGGGCCUCUCGCCCAGAUGCCGACCGCCUCGGGCUCUUUUGCCUCCAGCGCCCUACGCAAUGGAAACGUGCAUGCGUUUCAGCCGGUACGUUCCCUGUCUUCGAGUGCCGCGUCUCGGCAGCCGUCCGAUACGUCCGCUCGCGCACCUCACCUCUCAGCUGGCCCUGAGGUCCUUACCUCCCCGCCGUGUGGCUUCUUCGGGCAGGGUGGGAAGCCUGGCUGUGAAGCGGUGCCAGCGCCUAAACAGACAGGACUCGCGGAGGGCGAGGGAAACGCUGUGGAGAGCGCCCCGGUCGCUUGCGCGUGCGCGCCUUCUACUCCGUCUUCAGCGCCUCCGCCGGUCAGCGCAGUUCCUGCUCCUCCCUCGCAUCUGUUGGCGUCUUCUCUGGCGGCCUUGGGUACCGCGGAGGCGAUGGCCUCUCCGCCCGAAGGCCAGAGAGAUGCGACAAAUGCAGAGGAAGACAGACGAGCUUCCCGGGCGUCUUGCGAGAGAGACGGUGCGGCAGGAAAACGACGGCGUCGCAGCAGCCACGACUCCCGCUCGCUCUCGGGAACGGCGAAGAGCAGGUCAGGCAGCAGAGGGCGGCGCCACUCGAGUGCGUCCUCGGCUUCUUCCUCGCGCGAGGGCUCGCGGAAAAGGCGACGUGGGGGCGCCGGAGGUUCAACCGAGAGACACCGUUCGCGUCGGCCGCGGAGAUCGCGCUCGCCUCUGUCAUCGCCGCACCCUUGGCGCCGACGGCGCAGCGCCCGGAGGAGACUGACCUCUUCUGAGUCGUUGCGCAGCGACCGGUCGAGCCGUUCGCGCGGGAGGCGCUCCAGCAGCGGGGACUCGAGGAGUCCGGCUCACGGGCGGCGCGGCCGCGAGAGGCGAAGGCAUCCGAGAAGCGCCUCCCGGGGCGCGCGGCGCAGGUUCUCGUCGGACGAAGCCGGCAGUCGCGGCUCCAGCCGGCCGUCGUUGCCUGGCCCAACGCGCCCUCGCAUGCACCCGGACGGGGCCUACCUGUCUUUCGCUGCUCGGCGCGUGCGCGUGUUGCAUGCGAAGGGCCGCUGCGUGCCCUGUCGCUUCCACUGGAGACGCCAAGGCUGCCGCAACGGCGACGGCUGCAAAUUCUGCCAUGACCCUGCGCACGACGCGUUCAUGCUGGCACGAGACGGCGAGCGCGGCGCCAGCAGUCGCUCGUCGUCGCCGCUGCCGCGCCGAGGCCCCGAGAAAGAGUACGACGGCGGCCGCGGACGCUUGGAGCCCUACGCCGCCUCCUCGGACUUGAACGGAGACUCGAGCGAAAGCCGCAGGGCCGCGGAGGACGCUGAUGGCUUUGGAGGCGUCCGCGGCCGUGGAGAGAGGCUAUUCCGCCGCCGGUCGCCGUCCUUCGCCACCCCGCAGUUCAUCUCGGGCCGGGGCGACAGAGGCGACCGCGGCGGAGGGUGGUACGUAGACAACAGAAGGCCCCUCGGCCGAAUCGGAGACAGCCUCGACAGAGAGUUCGGCCGCUACGGCAGCCGGAGCGCCCGCGACAGAUUCGGGGAUCGAGGCGGGUCACGGACCGCGAGAAGGUGGGCGGGCGAGGAGGACGCAGAGAGCGGCGAUGCAAGGAGAGAACGGUGGAUUGAAGGCGAGGAAAGCAGUGCCGAGGAAGAAGAUGGUGCGUCGGCUGGGCAGAAGGACGAAGCAGUUGCCGGCAGGACCGCGAUGUCGGCAGGGAGCUCCGCGGCGCAGAGCGAAGGCUGCGGCCAGGUGCCUCACGGCGCGGCUUUGUCGAGCGCUGCGCACGCUGCAGAGACAGAGCAAACGCUGAACGAGGAACAGGAACAGACGCCGGCGGGCAUGGCAGACUGUUGGGCGCAAGGCGUCGCCGUUGAAAAGGAGCGCAACGCACUUCCCGCGCAGCAGGCCGCCGAGCCGCAGGGUUCUACAGACCGGAACGCCCAGAACUCGGGCGUUGAGCAACUCCUGGCCUAA